UCGUUUUUCUCAAACCCUUGACGGCAGAGAAGCAAGCAAGAAGUCUCGACGGAAAUUCGCCGGGAAACACAUCGACGGGGACGGCGGCGUGCGAAGGAGAGGAGGAGCUCGCGAGACAUUUGGACCUAUUAAGUCCAAGAUUAAAGGUGGACGCAUCUGCUAAAACCCUAGCAGACCCUCUGAGAGCGAAGCAAAAGACAAGAUGGGUAGCCAUAGCGAGAAGGAGAAGGUCAUAAAGGAAGAAAAGACACCGAUUGCUCUCGCGCCGAUAGCCAAACCCCUCGCAGGCAAAAAACUGUGCAAGCGAACUCACAAGCUCGUUCGUAGAGCUACUGAAGCCAAAUGCGUGAGGAGGGGAGUGAAGGAAGUGGUUAAAAGCAUUCGCCGUGGUCAUAAAGGGUUGUGCGUGAUUGCUGGAAAUAUUUCACCCAUUGAUGUAAUCACACACGUCCCCAUACUAUGUGAGGAAGCUGACAUUCCAUAUAUAUAUGUUCCGUCAAGGGAGGAUCUUGCCACAGCUGCAGCAACGAAGAGGCCAACAUGCUGCAUUCUUGUGAUGACAAAACCAAUCAAGGGGGAGUUGGACCAGGAGGUGCAGGAGAAGCUUAGAACUGAAUAUGAACAGGUUGCGUCUGAAGUGAAGGAUUUAACAUCAAAUCUCUACUAAUUUGGGAGGGAACGAAGUGAGUUGAUACUAUUUCUCUACUAGUAAUUAGGAUCAUAAUUGAUGGAAGGGAAACUUGUAGUGUUUGUUUGUAAUUUUUUAUAGAUGUUAUUUUUGCAUGCUGAGAUUCAGCUGAAAUUUGGAGGAUCAUGAACAAUGUUCUUGUUUAAAAAUAUUCUUCUGGAUGCAACCUUUUUUUUUCAGU